GACCAGUUAAGUAAAUUUGCCAUUACGGAAAAGAAACCCUAGCAAAAACCUUCAAAAGGGCGGAAGCCUCCCAUUUUGGUGCAGAAACUAGGGAGAGGUAGAAGGGCACGUCUCUCUCCAGCCAUGUCGAAGAGAGGCCGCGGAGGUUCCGCGGGGAACAAGUUCCGGAUGUCGCUGGGUCUGCCGGUGGCCGCGACGGUGAACUGCGCCGACAACACGGGAGCGAAGAAUCUGUACAUUAUCUCCGUGAAGGGGAUCAAGGGUAGGCUCAAUCGGCUCCCUUCGGCCUGUAUUGGUGAUAUGGUCAUGGCGACCGUCAAGAAAGGGAAGCCUGAUCUCAGGAAGAAGGUCAUGCCGGCUGUCAUUGUCCGCCAGCGCAAGCCCUGGCGCCGAAAGGACGGGGUGUACAUGUAUUUUGAAGAUAAUGCUGGUGUAAUUGUGAAUCCCAAAGGAGAGAUGAAAGGAUCGGCGAUUACAGGGCCUAUUGGGAAAGAGUGUGCUGAUUUGUGGCCAAGGAUCGCUAGUGCUGCAAAUGCUAUAGUCUGAAAUUUAACAGCUCUUUGAUAGCAAUUUUUUUUGCGAUUUGAGGCUUUUGUUUGGUUUGUCGGAAAGUCCUACAGAACAGAUAAUGGAGUUUUUGGUGCUUCGGCUUAUGACAAUUUGUGGAACUUUCUUAUAGUUGGCAACUGAAAUACUGCUUGUCUCUUCUA